UUGGUAAAGCUUUUGUCUUUUCGCCAAAUUAAGAAGCGUAUCUGUUUCCAUUUUAAACUCUAGAAACCACAGACCGGAACAGGAAUGAAAUCAAUGAAGAACCUUCCAAGCAUCGAAACAAAGUUUUGAGUUUGAGAACUGAAUGUAAAAGCUGAUAUUCAAGAAAAGGUGAGAUUUUUUUGUUCUGAAUUCUUUUCACCUUAAAAAGGCAAAGGUGAAAACGAUAGUAAAAAUGAAUAGUUCAUCACCGGCAAACUCAUCAAUAUCAACAACAGCAAUCCUUGGAGGAGGAGCAAGUACCACCAAUGCUGGUUUGGAGGAUUUCCAUUUCCCUUCUGAUCUUAUCUCUAUCCAAGAUCGCAAGGAUGAGGCCAUGCGUGUUCUAAAAUCUGAUUUGAUGGCUGCACUCAACGAAGAGGUUAAAUCAUUGGAUGAAGAUAACUGGAAAUUUGAAGGUCCUCGUUCCUGCAUCCACCUGAUAUCAAGACCAGGUGGACUUCUACAGAAGCAGAUGGAAUUCACAAAGAAUCGUAGCAUGGCACCCCCAAAAUGAUUGAAGAUUUCUUGAGGAUGGAGUUCAUAGAGCUAAGAGAUCUGGCUUCUUUGACCAUCAACAACUUGAUUAUAUCUGUACAUUGCUGAACUUUAUUAUGGAUUCAUGGAGGCAUAUAUGAAAGAGUACAAGUGUAACCUUUGUAACACUUCUUGAUAAACAGGACAGAAAAAUCUUCCAUUUGAUUUUGAAACAUGAAUAUUAGUGAAAUGAUGAUUUUCUGUAGCAGUCUGUUUGCGGUGUUUAAU